AUCCAGCAAGUGCAAGAAGCCUUCGUACUCACGUUUCAGUUCUCUGGAAGAAUCCAGCUCAACAUGUUGAAGCUCCUGUGUUUGUUUGCUGUGGUAGUGGUCGUAGCAGCGAUGCCCCAUGCACCAGCAUGGCCAGCACCACCAGGUCCAGCUCCGAUGGGAAGAAUCGUGAAGCGCGAAGUGAAGGAACCUCAGAGACUCGAUCUAGAACAACCUCAGGAAGGAGCUGGCAACGCCGCCGUUUCCGCUGACGAUGAUAUGGAUAAGGCAGAGACAUUCGGGUUCGGCUACCAUCACUACUACUCCUACCCCAGAUACUACUAUCCCAGCUACUACUACGGAUAUUAUCCUCACUACGAUUACGGCUACUACUGGUAGGACCAACCGAGUUGGAGCAGCUUUUAUUUAUUUGAAAAUAAUAUAAGAUUUAAAAC